AUGCGGAGACACCACCGAUGCGUCAUCGAAUCCGACGACACCAGCGAGAGCGGAGGAUCCGAUUCCGACAUUGACACGGCGAUGCGGUGCAUCUCUUGUCGGGAAGAGUACCUCCCUCGCGAUGCUGGUACCUGCAAGGAGUGCUACGAGGAAGCCGGAGAGACUGAGGAAGAACUCAAACGUGAGAUCGAAGACCUCAAGGCCAAAGUUUCUUUCCUUCGCCUCGAUCACGUCGUCGUCCAUGCCGGAAACUCCAGAUCCUUCACUGACGUUGUUCUCAUCGCCUCCCAUGACGACGGCGCCGCCGCAGCUCCUCCGAUCCCCGCUCAUAAAUCCGUUCUGGUGAGUCGUUCGCCAGUCUUUAAAGCAAUGCUUGAGAAUGAGAUGGAAGAGAGCCGUAGCGGUACCAUCAAGAUCAGUGAUGUGUCUUACGAUGCUCUUCGGACUUUCGUCUGUUAUCUCUACACAGCUGAAGCAUGUCUCGAUGAGCAAAUGGCGUGUGAUCUAUUGGUCAUGUCAGAGAAAUACCAAGUGAAACAUCUCAAGAGUUACUGUGAGAGAGUUUUGGUAACCAAACUCACUUGGGACAAUGCUCUCAUGAGCUACGCAUUUGCUCACCAGCACAACGCAAAACAAUUGCUCGAUGCUGCAUUGUCACAGAUCACGGGAAAUAUGGACAAACUUGCUAAAAGAGAGGAAUACAUGGAGCUCGUGGAAAAGGAUCCUCGCCUUAUCGUUGAAAUCUAUGAAGCCUAUCUCUCAAAACAGGUUAACACGGCAGCUGGUGGAACUAGCACAAGCUAA